AUUUUCGAUAUAGUGGAUAUUUUAGACUUUGGCCUAGAUUGCGUUACUUCCAAUUCUCCAUGUUCCCCAAUUUCGAUUCCUUCCUCGCACAAUCCUCACAAGCAAGCAGGCUUCUCAUUCCCCAGGGAGGUUCAGGGUUCUGCGUUCAAGAUCCGAUCUCAGACCCCUAAAAGCACUCAAAUCUGUUUGAUCUCUGGGUCCAUUCAUGCGCUGAGGUGAAAUUAAAUCUCGCACAAAUAUGGGCAUUUUGUUCACUAAAAUGUUCUCUUCCCUAUUUGGGAACAAGGAAGCUCGGAUCCUCGUCCUCGGAUUGGACAAUGCUGGCAAAACCACCAUUCUCUAUCGUCUCCAGAUGGGGGAAGUUGUCUCCACGAUUCCAACCAUUGGAUUUAAUGUUGAGACAGUGCAGUAUAACAACAUCAAGUUCCAAGUUUGGGAUCUCGGUGGACAGACAAGUAUCAGACCGUAUUGGAGAUGCUAUUUUCCAAAUACUCAGGCCAUAAUCUAUGUUGUUGAUUCUAGUGACACCGAUAGGCUGGUAAUUGCUAAGGAUGAGUUUCAUGCAAUACUUGAGGAGGAAGAGUUGAAAGGUGCAGUUGUUCUCAUUUUUGCCAAUAAGCAGGAUCUUCCUGGUGCUCUUGAUGAUGCUGCAAUAACUGAGGCUUUGGAGUUUCACAAGAUAAAAAAUCGCCAGUGGGCUAUUUUUAAAACUUCUGCCAUAAAAGGGGAAGGUCUAUUUGAGGGCUUAGACUGGUUGAGUAACACACUCAAGUCUGGAGGUGGCUAAUUCUUUGGGUUUGGGAAAUCAAAGCUUACUUCUCUGUAGCCAGGUCAGAAUUUGGGAGGAACGACGUUCUGAUAGAAAAUUUCAUUUAGGAGUGCAGUUAUGUCAAUUGUCCCUUGCCCAUUUUUUCUGUUCCCAUUUUGGAGUAAACGACUGCUAUACAUGUAAAAAGUUCCCAUCAUAGAUAUGAUCAUUUGGCUCAUAUUUUUGUAAUUUUCAUGUUCUCUGCUUUAUAUCAGUUAUGCUAGAUUUUGUUUUGCUUGU